AUGUGGUGGCUUCGAUUAGAAUGGUAUGACCCUCAGACUCAGCUUGUCGAUAUUUGGACAACUUCGCUAGGAUUCCCUCAACCUUCACCCCCGAAUCGAAAUUCGCCUAACGGAAUUGAUACCACUUCCAUUUCCAUAGAGAUCCUCCGUACUUUGGCAUCACGCAUGCCUCACACAAUACCUAAAAGCUUCACACCACCUCUACGUAGGUGUCCUAUUCAUUCUGGACCUAAGGCUCACAUUGGUUCUUACUUUGCAACCUUAGGCUUUGAAAUUUUCCACUUGCUUUCUUGGCUCAAAGACCUUCUUGGCAUUAUACUAGCGAAGAGUUUUCGGAAUUCAAAAGCAGGUCUUACCAAGAAGAAUUCCUUACGUCUCCGGAGACCCUCUCAACUGAUUCUACUCUUCCUAGUGUGCUCAAUCUUGGAUGAGUAUGCACUAACUCACCUUCUACAUGUUGGAGAAUAUAAAUAUUUGCAAGGGCCAGCCACAUUGACCUUUCCGUCAGUUACAGAAAAUCCAUCUACAGGUCCGUAUGAUAUGCUAAAGAAUCGAGGGGGGGUCGGUGAAUAUCGCGAGACUUCUCUUCUUGUGUCCUAUCGUUCAAUACCGCUAUAUCCCCGCUUAGUUACGACCAGGUCAAGAUGCGGGAGUAAAUGGGAGGCCAUCGCCCUUGCCGUUACCGAUGAAGCGACCGAAGCUGCGACCUGUGGCAUCUUACUGCUCUUCUUGGAACGACUUGGUUCCCUAACCCCUAUUUAUAUCAGCAAGGGCCAAUCUUCAACGAACCGUGGGCCGUCCUUCGAUGAAACCUCGGCGGCGUUGAUGUUGCGCUUCAAUUCAGUCAAGAUCAGCUCCUCCUGUAUGACUGCGGCCACCAUUCAAAGUCUAGAGCCGUUGAGUGUCAUAAGUGGGAAACACCUUCUUUGUCUCAGCAUAGCAAUCUUGGGCGUUGUUGUCAUUGGGUCUGUGAUUCUAGAUGAGCCGUAUUACGUGCUCGCUGAUUCCCUGGCUAUUCUAAUUCUCCUUCAGCCUUCCUCUUGUUGUUCUCAUACUCCCAAGACGCUUCAGCUCGUCCUUUCAAGCUCUUCGUACGCAUUCUACAAACCUUCCCUUAGCCCCUUGUCGUUCGUAAACGCGAAUACUAAUCCCUCCUUAUCGUCCUAUCCAAGGGUUGCUUCAAGCGCCUAUGACUAA